ACACACACAGAGGUUUGUCCAACUUUUACAUUCUUUUGAAAAGCCUAACCAAAGCGUUAUCCCCAAUCAUAACCAGUUAAUGCCUAACCCUAACUUUAACCUAAACACAAUUCAAGCCUAAACAAACUAGCACACACACACAAAUAACACCGCAGGCUUCAUUCUAGGCUUAUCCCUUUGAGAUAUGAAGAAAAUAUGUUGCUGUGUGUGACUUUAAAAUCCCAGCAAAAUCAGAGGCUCCUGAAUCUCAUCAUUCUCCUGCUCGAAGGUGCUGACAUUACAGUAACAUUAACUGAGUACAUUUAAUAAAGUACUUAUCAACAACUUUUAUAUUUUAACGUUUACAUUGUUACAAUACUUUAUAGCUCAUAAAUCAUCACCUCAGCAAAUAUAUUUAUCCCGUAACCCUAGUUUGAGAACCACUGGAUAAAAAAAAGAAAAGCAAACAGUUUAUUAAAGGAAAGUCAGUUACACCUCAAGCUGCUAUAACAGUAAAAUGCUCCAUAUCGAUGCCUAUUUAUUAACACUGUAAACAUUACAGUUCUGUACAUGAAUUUACUUGUUUGAGUAUUUUCAUACUGUUUUAUUGGUUCUUUUGAGUAUGUGCAGCACACACUAUUAUGGUCUGUAAGUGUGUGAAAGCUAUAAAGCAGGCUAUAUUUUUUACAAAAUGCAACGGAAAGCUGCACCUCCAAAACACAGGAAGUCAUGGUUGCAUAGCUACACAGCUGAAAUAUUUUCAUAUGCAUUAUAUAAACUGUAACUGAAUGAAUGUGUUUAAAUGCUGUGUUAUUACCAUGGUCAACAUGUACUGACGCGUAGACUUGUAGAAGACCCUGUAAUUCACUGUUUUUGGCUUUUAACAUGAUUGAUGAUCAAUUUUACCGUUGUCAACCAGAACUCCUGACAAAAAAAAUUGGUUAAUGUGUAUUUUCACAGUUUUUUGUUCCACUAUCCAGAGAAAGAAUUCAACACCAUGGCAAUUUCAGCGCUCAAAGGGUUUUUUCUCCUCUCUAUUAAGAUCUGAAUCAUAGCCAACAGUAACUUUUCUUCCAAGAUUUAAAACCUUUUUUAUCUUUACAGCCUAAUCCUUCUCUUUUAGCACGGAAAUCCACAGACCCGUUACUGAGCCAAAAAUACAAUGAGGUGUGACCAGAGCUGAAGCACUGAAGCACCAACUGAGACUUAUUCUGCUUUCAUCACCUGCAGUGACCUUCAGAAGCAUGGAAUAACAAAGAUGAGGUGUGAGACUAUUGCCAGCAGCCCUGUGAUCACAGAUCUGUGUGAUAUGUAUCAAUGUUUUAAGCAGCCAAACUGUGCCUCAGUGUUUUUUCUCUUCUGGCCACUGUGAUUGGUCAGAGGAGAAUCGGACUCCAGAAAUCACUCUAAUCCUCUUAGAUAAAACAGAGCUCUCAUCCAAUCCUCUCUCUCCCUCUCUCUCCCUCUUCCUCUCUCUCUCCCUCUCUCCGAGGGGAAGAGAUGUUUUAAUCCAAGUGGAUUAUGUUGCAAAUUGGGCGACAGUUGAGACGAGUGGCUGCAAAUCCUCCUGCAGGUUGCAGGCUUUUUGUCCAUCUAAAUGUCUGCAAGUUGAAGAUAUUAACCUACUUUUUGAUGGUAUUGUUUUCAUGUGGGACAAACAUUUGGGACCUGGAAGAUCCUGGAAGAACCUGGAAGAACCUGGAGCAGGUGCAUAGGAUCAUAUGCUACCUCUUAGGACCAGUUUUGUUCAGACCAAGCUUUGUUUUUCCUCCUCAUUACUGGUACUGUGUCACUUAAAUUAAAUUAAAUUAAAUUAAAUUAAAUUAAAUUAAGUUUUAUUGAAGAUAAUGAGAAGAUGCCGGCAGCAGAGCUGGUCCAUGCAGACGUGACGGAGGCCAUCCAGGGUCAAAAGCCCAAUCCUGGGACCAUUAUCAUCUAGUCACUUUAGCCAACAUGAGGAAACCAUUUCCUACAAGCCCCUUAUUAUCUUUCAUGAGCUGAUCCGAGUUAGUGAAACUGCCUCCAAAACUUUACGGAGUCAGAUCUGUGAGGAGUUUGAUGUCUCAGAUUGGAAGCACAAUGGAGGUCAGGUCGUUGGUUUUCAUUCUGGGAUUUUUCUGCCUGUGGAUUACAGCUCAGGCUCAGAUGAAGAUCCCACCAGAGACGGUGCAGCAGUGGGCGACCACUUUCUCCGUUGAACUUCGAGACUUAACCAUCCAAUACUCUGGCUCUCUGCUGUUGCAGAAGAAACUGAAGGAUGUGGAGUCAGUCAUAAAGAUUGUGGAGCUGGAAGGAAGUGAACUGGUGAAGGAUUUUUCUGAUGAAAUUGAACGAAUGUUGGGAAGUAAGAUGAAAUCCGUAAAGAGAUUAGCCGAGGCAGCAGAAGAUGCUGACCUGUACCAUGACUUCAACGUUUCUCUAAAGUUUGAUUACUUCAAUUCCAUGCUGAUCAAUACAGCGGAUGAGGACGGAAACUACAUUGAACUGGGUGGGGAGUUUUCACUGGAGGAGAACGAACAUUUUAACAACCUGCAGGUGAACACACUUCAGAGCGACAUCCAGAUCCCCACCAACGUCUACAACAAAGAUCCCACCAUCCUUAACGCCAUCUACAACUCAGAGGCAUUAAACGACGUCUUCAUCGGUAACUUCCAGAAAGAUCCUACACUCACAUGGCAGUACUUUGGCAGCUCUAGUGGCUUCUUCAGAAUCUACCCUGGUAUUAAAUGGACUCCAGACUCCAACGGUGUGGCAGCUUUUGACUGCAGGAACAGAAACUGGUAUAUCCAGGCAGCCACAUCGCCAAAGGACAUCGUCAUCAUGGUGGACAUCAGCGGUAGCAUGAAGGGGCUAAAGAUGACCAUCGCCAAACACACCAUCAACACCAUCCUGGACACUCUGGGCGAGAACGACUUUGUCAACGUCAUCGCUUAUACCGACUACAUUCGUUAUGUGGAGCCGUGCUUCAAAGGGACUCUAGUCCAGGCCGACUUGGACAACAGAGAGCACUUUAAGCUGCUGGUGGAAGAGCUGCACGUUAAAGGGGAAGCAAAGAUCAAGAAUGCCAUGAAGGAAGCCUUCAAAAUCCUCAAUGAGGCCAGGGGGAAUGGACAAGGCAGCAUGUGUAACCAAGCCAUCAUGCUGAUCACAGACGGAGCCAUGGAGGACUUUGAGUCUGUGUUUGAGGAGUUCAACUGGCCUGACCGCAGGGUCAGAGUUUUCACCUACCUGAUCGGCAGAGAGAUGACCUUCGCUCAGAACACCAAAUGGAUCGCCUGCAACAAUAAAGGUUACUACACCCACAUCUCCACGCUGGCCGAUGUGCAGGAGAACGUGAUGGAGUACCUACAUGUGCUCAGCCGACCGAUGGUCAUUAACCACGACCAUGACAUAAUCUGGACAGAAGCCUACAUGGACACUGUGCUUCCUAAUACAAAGGAGCUCUUUAACACCAAAGCUCAGAGUUUGCUGCUGAUGACUUCUGUGGCCAUGCCAGUUUUCAGCAAGAAGAAGGAGACGCUGUCCCAUGGGAUCCUGCUGGGUGUAGUUGGCACAGACGUCCCGCUACUGGAGGUGAUGAAGCUGGCACCCAGAUACAUGCUGGGAGCACAUGGAUAUGCCUUCCUUAUCACCAAUAACGGUUACAUCUUGGCUCACCCUGACCUUCGACCUCUGUAUAAAGAUGGAAAGAAGCUGAAGCCCAAGCCAAACUACAACAGUGUGGAUCUGUCUGAGGUGGAGUGGGAGGACACAGAUGAGACGCUGAGAACAGCCAUGGUUAAAGGACAGACUGGCAGCAUGACCCUGAACAUCAGAGCAUCUGUGGACAAAGGGAAAAGACCUCUCUACCUCGUCAAUGAUUACUUCUACACAAAUGUUGAUGACACACCUUUCAGCUUUGGCAUGGCGCUAACGAAGGGCCCUGGAAAGCUGAUGUUUAUGGGAAACGUGUCUGUGGAGGAAGGACUGCAUGACCUCACCUCCCCUGAUGUGAGCAUCGCCUCUGAAUGGACGUACUGCGAGACAGACAUUGACCCUGCUCACAGAAAAUACUCACAACUUCAGGCCGUCGUUCGUUAUCUGCUGGGGAAGGAGCCUGACCUUGAGUGUGAUGAGAUGUUGCUGCAACAGAUGCUGUUUGAUGCUGUAGUCACAGCGCCACUGGAGGCCUACUGGAACGCUCUGAUGCUCAAUGAUGGGGUGGAACCAGGGGUUGAGACAGCUUUCCUCGGUACUCGUUCAGGCCUUAUGAGGAUUAUAAGAUAUGCAGGAGUGGAGACCAGAGUAGCAAAAAAGUUCCUGACUGUGUCGGACAAAGAAAACCUGUUCACCAUUGAUCACUUUCCUCUGUGGUACCGCCUGGCUGUGGAAAACACUCCUGGACGCUUCUACUACUACAUUGCUGGUGAAAAAGGAGUGCAGUACGCCAUCGCGACAACAUCAGUGACUGUGUCAUCGAAGGGAAAGACAGCCAUAGCAGGAGCUAUCGGGGUGCAGAUGUCCUUGAAUAUGCUGGAGAAGAGAUUUUGGACCAUCACAAAGCAGCCCAGUGAUACGGACUGUUCAAACACUGAAGGCGUGUGUCCACUGAGCUGUGAGAGCACUGAUCUGAACUGCUUCCUGGUUGACAACAACGGCUUUGUCUUGCUGUCAAAAGAGAGGAAUGAGCAAUGAGAUGUAGCAGCAGCUGUACCUGCCGGCCUCAUCCGACCUUGUGUAUGGAGCUGAAUGAGAGUGGAGAGAGCUGCCCGACACAUGAUGGAUGUGAUCUGUCCAGGCUGAGUUCACUCAAGCCUGAAGCUAAUUAAAGUCGGAAACUGCGUCAGUUUAAAGAUGCAGUGUCAGAGUGUUGUGUGAUUCCACAUGUGUCUGGUAAAAACAAAAAGGCGACUGAGAGGGUUAUCAUGGACAUCGAUUGGUGUUUUUAGGAACUAUAACAUUACAUUAC